CGGGUAUUAAUGAACCAAUAAAGGAGUUCUCGUCUCAUUAACUGGAAUGCUUAUCUCAAAGACCAACAAAACAUGUUCGUACUACUGUAGAAAUAAACAAUGCUUGUGUUUGAAGCCAUUUAAAACAAUCCUCGGCAAACGAGACAUAAGUAUUUAGUCACCUUAUCUCGCCUGACAGAACAUCGCCAGGCAAUAUGGUGGCAUCCUGAGUUCCAAUGGGGCAAACGCUUUAUCUUUAAAAUAAUCUUUGAUAUUUUCCAGAACUUUUUGAGGCAGAUCAUCUAAAAUAGACAGAAAAUUGUGAUAGAGUAAUUUGUAUAAAUCUUAAGGUCCGUUUAGACUUACAAUUCUUGCUGCAAUUUUUACUUUUAGUGCGAUUUCGUUCUUCGGACGGAUGUGUCGAGUAGAUGAGUUAUGCAUAUUCUGAGUGUGUACAGUAUGUACCUUCAUCCGCCUGAACAUUCAUACCUCAUCUAAAAUUACAGCAAAAAUUACAAGUGCAAAAAUUACAAGUGCAAACAUGCCUUUUAUGUGGAAUUUAAACUGGAUUCCCUGAAAACCGAAAUAUGAUACUUCCGCCAGUUCCGGAUCCCGAUAUCGAAAGACUGCAUACAUAAAAAUUCGCCAACAAUUUUAUUUAUAAUUGAACAUUCGAAUCUCAAGCAGACAUCAUGGGUUUUGUGAGCAAUCGGUCGUUUGUACUGAUGCUAGUCACGACAAGCACAAUAUUUUUGGCAAAUGCAGAGUCCGAAUACUCGGAGAGUUCAAAUACAAAAUGGAAAGAAGUAAAACCUUCGGAAGUCGAAAGAAUGUACAAUGACUCUUUUAUGAGUGAUAUUAAAUUUACUUUUGGAGAUAAAAAGCCUGGUGAAUUAUUCUACGCACACAAAUAUGUGUUGGCUAUAAGCAGCCCGCUGUUUUACGAUAUGUUUUACAGUGACUUUUACAGCAAUACAGAGUCAGAGAAUGCUAUCAAGACUAUUCAUCUGUCUGACCAUAACAAAGAAACUCUUGCUGGAUUUUUUGGCUUUAUUUACAAAGACGAUUGCCCAACGGACAUUGAGAAAGAUUUUGAAGUACUGCAAUUGAUGAUAAAGUACAAAAUUUUUAGAUUUCAUACUGCAUGCAGAAAUUUCCUCCAGCGGAACAUGGAACCUGUAAAAGCCUAUACAUUUGUGGAGAAAUUUUUAGACGUGAAAGCGGAAGCGCUAGCCGAGAUAUGUUUGGGUAUAAUAGACGCUCUUGCAGACCAGUAUUUCGUUUCGAAGUACUUCUUAAAUAUUAAGCAGAGCACGCUGAAUAUAUUACUGAUCAGGGACACGCUUUACUAUAACGAGACGGAUAUAUUUGAGGCUGUUUUGAAGUGGGCUGAUUAUCAAUGUUCAGAACAGAAUUUAGAAAAAUCCGGGGGAAACCGCAGAAAGGUACUUGGUAAUGCAAUAUAUUCCAUCCGUUUUCUGCUUAUGAAUCAAACUGAAUUUACGACACAUGUUAUGCCAACAAAUAUUUUACACGAUAAUGAAACUGUCGCGAUAAUAAAGGCGAUGACGGGUGAGCAUGUGCCUAACUUAGCCUGGGAGGCUGUUAAGCUAAAAAGCAAACGGCUUCCUGCGGCCUUUACAGCCACUACAAAGAAGAAUAGUUGGUUCACAUGGUUUGAGUUCAUUUUCUUCGAAUGUUUAAUUCCUUUCAUUACUGAUCUCAUGAUCUGCAUGGGUAUUCUUUUUUGUAUUAUAAUUGUUAUAGUUGUUGCAGAUCGGCACGGCUCUGACUGGUAUAGAAAGUUAAAGUCAAACUAGAGAGGUUCAGAUUUGACUCCUACUACCGUUAAGGAAUAAGGAACCAUUAAACAAUCAGAUUAAUUAUGAUUUUCAUGCAUACAAGAUGAAGCCUAACCCUUUCUAGUAUACAGCUAUUUCAAUUAAGGUUGUCCACGAGUAAAGUGGAAAAGUCGAAUACGAGCGCGAAAGGCUGCUGGGAAUCGCUUUGAAAAUUCAUUAAUUUGUUAGCGAUUCCCAGCAGCCAUUCGCGCUCCUAUUCGACUUUUCCGCUUCGCUCGUGGACAACCUUACAAGUUGAAAAAGCUGUAUAUGCCAAUAUGGCCGGUUAAAGCGACGAUAAGUCCAUUACAAAUAAAUGUCUGUCUACCCGCAUUCUUUUCUCCAAGAAUCCUUAGACAUAAAAUUGUUUUUACAUUUCAGUUUGAAGCCUAGUACAACAAACAAACGAGCCGAUUUAUCUCCGAAAGGAAAGACACAUCUACAGUUGACCCCAAUUACAAUAUCCCUAUAAUACGCAAAACAUGCAUGUAGCCUGCUCAGCAGGCCCCAUCCGAAAAUUUGAAGCGGAAACCAAAUUUCCGGUUUUCCUUUGAACGAAAUUUCGUGCUGCGAGCAGGCUACAAACCAUGAGGAUACAUUACAUAUGCUGGCUGCAUGGUUUGAUUAUGUUAUAAAAGUAAAACUAAAGGCAUGCAACUAAAAGGCAUGCAUAGGCUAGACUGCAGUUCAGCGCGCAACCAAUGUUUGGCUGAGAGUAGUCAUGAAGACUGCGGGCUUUUGGCAGCAAAAUGCAAAGAGUUAGUUACUAUACCUAGAUAAACGUAUUUACUAUCUAGAUAGUGAUGGAACGUGAAGUUUUUUGCCUAUACAAAUAAAUCAAAGCACGAUAUUCUGAGGGUUGUUCCUCUCCGAAAAAAUAAUGGAUUUUUGGGCAAAAUUUUGGCUAAAAUUUUGAGUCCAAUUUUGAGUCCAAAUUUGAGUCCAAUUUUGGGUCCAAUUUUGAGUCCAAUUUUGGGUCCAAUUUUGGGUCCAGUCCAUGGGUCCAGUCCAUGUUUUGUACUAUGCCACACAGCUGGUGUCUGCUAAACUGCAGGUGUUCCAAAGCACACAUCACGUUAUGUUGAAAACACUACAUUUUGUCCUGCAAAAUAAUUGCUAAAAUUUUAGUGCUAUCUUCAUUUGACAAUUUCUCUAAUGAUUCUAUAGUAAGUUGUGUAAUAAGUUUCCAUAAUAAUUAAACUGAAUAAAUUUACCCUGUAUUGAAGAUAAUGGCUUAAUAUUAAUGCCAAGGCAAUAUGUACUAGACCUUUCUCCGUCAACUGUGACUAACCAAUCAUAACAUAUCCUAUUCAGCUAUUCUUUCUGUUAUUUCAAUAAACGUGUUACUGUUGAUGCAUCAAACAAUUUAUCCUAGAAUACACAAGUUUCAACAAGCUGAAGUUAUGAUCAAUGAAAGGUGGCCAACUUCCCUUCCCUUCAAAAGACAAUGAAUUAGCCUUUCUCAUGCACGGUCACUGCCUUCUCACGGCCGAUUUUCCCGCCAUUUUGGGGGUACUGCCUCCCCCACGUUUGAGAAUCACCGCACCACAAAAUGCGACUUUUUAGUAUUAUAAUUCUUUGUAUAAUGGUAAAUUUACAGUUACAACUUUUAAAAGUCGCUUUUCACGUUGUUUGAGUUGUCUACAAUCUUUCACGAGGGGAGACAGUACUCCAAAAAUGGUGGAUUUUGGCCUUCGUGAGAAAGGCUCACUUUAAUUAUUGUAAACAAACAAAAUUGAUACUGUAUAAAGAUUGAAAUGUCCGCGUACACUUACAAGUUUUUCUGCGAUCUCUACAGGGUGUAUAAAAAACCCUGCAAACCCUUUGAAAUACAAUGUUUUUAGAAUUUGCAUGAUUCAGAACUAAUUGAUCCCAAGCGUGCGUAAACACAAUAGUUGGGCAUUCGCAGCCAAACUGAUAAGGGGCCGACCAAUUUAACUUUUGAGGGGGGGAGGUGAUUUUGAAAAAAAACUGCAAGGCUAUUCUGAACAAAAACAAUACCUGCACUAACAAAAUGGGGGAAAAAAUCAUGGUUGCAGGGAUCAAUUUGACCAGUCCCAGAAGAUCAGCUGGUUUGAUUUUCAGGGACUAGUGUAAGGUUAAUUUCUUGUUGGAAAACUCAAAAUAACUUGGACAUAGCUUAUCUGAGCUUCAAGAAAUCCAAAAUUGUCUGGGGGGGGGGGAGGGGCAUGACCCCAGACCCAACUAGAGGCUCGUACCUUCGGUUGUCGACUCGGUUGUCUCAGAAUCCUAAUUAUGGCCUGAUUUGCUGCCCUAUGACGUAUACUUAUUAGUUAAACCAUGCAUAUAUAUGCUGGUAGCUGCAGUGAUACAGGCUGAUACAAACUUGCCAACUAGAAAAUCUUGCAUAUAAUGAUCCCAGAAAAAAAUUCCCUGCCAGCAGUAAAUCACCCCCCCCCCCCUAAUUGGUUUUCUGAAUUUAACAAAUAACGUUGUGUUAUUCUAAUUUCUAUCAACGCGGUUAAUUUGAAUGUAUUUUCAAAUCCCAGGAGCAAAGUAAGGGGCGGACCAUUAGAAAAGUGAUGGGGGGGGGGGGGACUUUUUCAAUUACUUGUACGAAUAUCUUUUUGAUUUUUUUUGCAUCUCUCCUCGUCUCACGUACGGUCAACUGAUCUUGGUUAAAUUUUAUCAGACGCUUCUGUAGCCUGCGUAGCGGCUCUAAGGGAAAAGAGAGCCUGCACGAAACCCCAUGCUUUGCCGUUUUUACUCGUUCUCCCAGAGAACGAGAAAUCGUAUUGGUUUAAAAUAAAAAAUAUGCUAAUUUAUGCUAAAAUCAUCAUUGAUCGAUAGCUUGAUUGUGAACAAACACGGCGGAUGCAUUUGAGAGGUGUUUCUUGAGUUUUGCAUUCAAAACAGCUGAAGGCCACGAUUCACAAUUAAAGAUGAACAAAAAAGGUGUUGAAGAAUUUUGUUCAUGAAGCCCUAGAGAUAGUGAUUGUGGUAUCUUCCGAUUGGAUUGCUGUCUGUUAGCCGCGUCUCUUUCACAAGCGUGUUCGUUUUCAUCGACGACAAAUAGAUUUUUUCUUGAUGAUUUUGUUGCUAAUAAUUUUGUACCACGAGAGAAUUGCUGUGGAUGCUUACGAACAGGACUUGCUCUCUCUGGAGUGACGGCUUCAGACACCUUUCUCUUCCCUGCAUCGCUAGAAACUUUGACAUUUUGUAGUUAUUUACAUCACGGUUGAUCGUUGUCGAAACUAAUUAAUUUGUACGUAUCCACGAGAUUUCGCAGCUUUCUCGCACACGGACUGCAAACUACUUGUGACGACGAUGGAGACAGCUCUAGCGCUAUUCCAUAGAUAUAGGAGAUCUAGAUUGCUAACGCAUACCUAGCGCAGGUGGAGCCUACAUGAUAAAUCCAAGAUGGCGGUACAACAGGGCAAAAAGACUAUAGAUUCUAUUACGAAAAUCAGGAUUUUUGCAUUUUUAUUUUUGCCGCCGCAUUGUUUCGAAACUUAUUCGGUCAAAUUUUAUGGUAAAGAGAAACUUACCGCGAAGAUUUUGAGCAUAUAUAUGAUUGAAUUGGAUGAAAAAUCGCAAAAUUAUCAGUCAAUUGGUCAGUUGGAGCGUUUUAUUGCCAGAAAUACUGUGCUAUGUUAAUAUCUAGCCUUGCGAAUGGUGUUUUAUACUUGCAUCUCUCAUCAUCAUCUGCUCUGUCCUCAUAAUUAUGAAAAAUGAACUGUUAUGUACCCCCCCCCCCUCCUUGCUUGUUAGAGAAGUAAACUAAUGAGAGCACUGGAUGAGGGUCUAUCAUCUAUGGUCUGUUAUAAUUUGCUUUUUAUGCAAAUAAUGAGCAAAAAUUAAAGCAAAACUGUACAAGUUACAUAUAUAGUACUAUAUCAGUACUAUACACGAACUUUUGUCGAUGGAUAAUUUUGCGAGUUUUUAUCCAAUUCAAUCAUAUAUAUGCUCAAAAUCUUCGCGGUAAGUUUCUCUUUACCAUAAAAUUUGACCGAAUGAGUUUCGAAACAAUGCGGCGGCAAAAAUAAAAAUGCAAAAAUCCUGAUUUUUUUCGUAAUAGAAUCUAUAGUCUUUUUGCCCUGUUGUACCGCCAUCUUGGAUUUAUCAUGUAGCCUGCGCUAGGUAUGCGUUAGCAAUCUAGAUCUCCUACAACCUCGUCCCCAGGGUCUUCUUCGUACAUGGCGCGUGAAAAAUGAGAAGACCCUGGUAAAGGCUCUUCUAAACUCCGUUGUGAUUGGUUUAUACAUUUGACCUUGACAUGUGCUUUGAGGAUGUUGUUACAAUAAACAUGAUUGGUUUACCGCUAAAUACUUCUUGUAAUGAGCGCUACGAUUGGUUGCAUGAUUUAUAAGGAUUUUCACAACAAUAAUUUGCUUUAGAGUAAAAUGCAUGCUUCGCCAAGGCGCGAAGCUUGUUUCUGGCAAAUAUUUUCCAACUUUCAGCCUAAUAUCAGGCACAAUAUAUAAUGGACAUCGUAGUGUGAAUAAAUAUAGACAUCAUUUUGGUACUUCAAAGUUGAGACAGCUGAUGUUCACAUCGUUAUCGAAGGUAUGAAAUAUACACACACACUGUAUGAUCAAACAAACCACAGAACCAGCUGCGUUUGUGACGUUCUAGUUUCUCUCAAAUACUACCACUUGUUUAAUACGAACACCUCUUGUCUGCUUCAAGUGACAGUUUAAUAUCAGUCUCGGCUGAAUAUACAUUUUUAUAGCAGAAAUAGACGCACAGAACGAUUGCUGUUUGUAUAGCUUAAUUGAUACAUGUUUAAAUUAUAAUAAUAAAGUAAGCAGUUCUUGCUGGGCUCAUAGGUCACCAGGAAAUAUAUAAAAGCGAAUCUAUAAAGAUCCCAUGCAAUAUUAAAAUUUUGGUUAUGUCAAUAAUUUGUGGCACUGCAGCUAGCUGCUGGAGCACAGCUACUUGAAUUUUCCACAAGAAUAUAUGCCACUGACCUCCACAAAUGGAACAUUUCAAAUAUAUUCAACAUAACUAUAAAAUUAUUUUCAGUUAAAUCUAGCAUUAGUGUUACACUGUAAAUCAUCCAUAAUUAUCAUAGGUGUACAGAGAGUACACUUUUCAACCCCCUCCCACAGCGACUUAACCGAUGAUGGUGGGUCUAUAGUUCAACAUUUAAAAAUCGUAUUAUGAACCUGCCUACCUGAAGCGUAUAGUUUCUACACUUCAGGAAAUGUUGGUAGUUAUGGACAACCCAUAAUUGAAUUUCAUUAGCCUUUACAUCAUUGUGAAUUACCAUUUGCAUGCAUGUAACACUAACAGCAUGAUCUUUAUUCCAUACCGUAUAGGAAAAAUUGAACACAUCUGUCCUGCAGAGCUAGUACAAAUUUACAUUAGCAACUAUUGAAUCAGUGAGGGAUGUACAUAUAAUAAAGCAAGUGUUCAAAUAAAUGCAGCCAAAUCAAAAUUGUUUGUCUCCACACUACACUUCCUCAUCAAUGGACAGCUCAAUGAGAACAAAUGUUGUGGAGAACUGUGGUUUGGACAUUGCAGGCUGGCUGCACAUUUUGCAAUGAUGUACAUGCAGGAGAUCGGUUGUUGAAGCAUGAAUGAAAUCAAUUUCCAAAAAGCUCCAAGGCUUACUUUUUGAAAUGACUGAGAAUAGGUCAUUCCAGAAAACAUCCAUACCACCCCCACAGAGGAAAUAGGAAGUUAACCCCCUUUGGAUGUCCUAAUACAUUUACUAUUAUCAGAAACAAUUUUUUCUCCCCUCCCCCUCCGGACGGCAGAAAUUUCCUCCGUGGGGGGAGUAUGGAUCUUUUCUGGAAUGAUCCAAUUCGUUUUCCAUAUGAGUGAGAGUUCCUACAGCCGCAUGUGAGGAUGCAUAUUACCACCUCUUUUCUCUACCCUUGCAUAGUACAGAGAAGGAAAAACAAAGACCAGAUUUUGAACCAAGUAACUUUGUUAUAUUUUAACUUAAACAGCACUGUAUAUAACUUUAAAUACUGUAAAAAAUGAAAUAUCAGCUAAAUACUAAUUCAGUAAGAAUUGUCUUGGUAUGGAAAUAUCUCUUUCUGUUGUAUAUGCAUUGUUGAAUUGCCAUGUCACUUUCUUGAGUAUUACCAGAAUAUUAAGUAUAGUUAAGCCAGCUUCCUAAUAUUAUGGAAUCUAGGAUAGUUGUCGACUUUGUGGUUUUCUUAAUAAUCUCAUUAAUAUUAUCAACAUUCCUAUAUGUGUAGACCAACUCCCAUCCCCAAUAAGUUGUACAUAUACAGUUGCAGUCUUCUUGACAGUCCUUGUUUUAUCCAUAUUGAUGUUUGAGAAGCAUGAGUAUCUAAAAUAUAAUGCAAUUGAUUUGCAUUUCAUUUCACAAACUGGAAACCUAAAUCUAUAUGUUACACUAAAUCUAUCCAAUUAAUUUAUUAACAGUAGAUUUAUUCUAAUUGAGGGAGAAACAUACUUAUGACAUAAGUUACAUUUGAACAAAAUUAUCUCUAAACUGGUUGGCAAUCUUUUAGUUUUACUGAUUCACCAUUCAGUGCACAAUAUAAACUUGCAAUACAAAUGAAAUUUCUGCUGUCUGAAAGGGGAUGGGGAAAUGCACUUUUAGAAUAGUAAAAUGUACUAGGAUGUGUAAAAGGAAUUAUGGGAGUUCUAAUCUCCUAUGUGAGAGCUGUGGAUCUAAGGCAAAUUAUUCCACAUGUAAGCACUUUGCAUGCUCCAAGGGAAUAAACUAUAAGUUACAGUAUUAUUAUAUACUAGAGUAUUUAUUAACAUGCGAUAACUUUUAGUCAAAAUAACUUGAACAAGUGCAACGUUCACAGUGUAAAAUGGAUUAGUGAUGAGUCUAUGGAUGGCCCACUAGUAAAUUUUCAUUUAUAUCAAAUUAUAAUUUCUCAAAACUAAGCGCUUUAAAAAAAUACUUUGUAGGUAUAUUAGCACCAGUCAUAGGGCCAUUAUUGUUGAAUUAUAAUAUGAAUAAAAAUAAUAUAUUGUAGUUUUUCAAUUACCUUCACAGUGACAGUGCUGUCAGACUGCCAGUGCAAGCAGCCGUGAGACAUGACAAACAACGCGGAUUCUUCGGCCAGGAAGAUAUAAAUUAGACUGGCUAGCUUCUUGUUAUUUUCUCUCUCUAGACAUCUUUAUUUUUGAAGAGAAAUUACUUAUCUAAAGGUAUAUUUUAGCAAAAAAAUACAUUUCCAAACUGAAAUAUUUCAUCUCAAGAAGGCCAUGAGAAAUUUGUACGCCAGCAAUGAAUUGGUCAGCGCCAAGGCAAAUUCGCUUUCGCGCAUGCACUAAAAUGUCCAUGAAUCGUGGAGAUUUUCGCAGCCUUUACCAGGGUCUUCUCAUUUUUCACGCGCCAUGUACGAAGAAGACCCUGGGGACGAGGUUGGAUCUCCUAUAUCUAUGCGCUAUUCCCAUUAUUUCGUUUUGAAAUUUGCAAACGUAAAGCAAUCUAUAAUAUUUCAUUUUGACAAGUAAAUUUGCAAACGUGUGUGAUUGGCCAAUUUUGACAUUUGUUGAAAGUGGGCGUAGCCCGCAGGCCAAGUGGACGGGAAUCUGACUUGACCAUUCCCAUCAUGCACCAUUAUUUUGUUUAAUCCUCAUUUGAGGGACUGGGUACGAGUCAGGACGGGAAUGGCAAAACAGUAGAUUUCGUGCAGGCUCUCCUUUCCCUGAAAACCGCUACGCAGGUCUAGCCACUGUCCAUAAGACAUUGAAAACAUGUUUACGUUCCUUUCUUUUUCCCAAGGUAGAAGUCGGUAUAUUUUCUGCUUGAUUGAGUAAAGAGUUAAUGACAGAACGUUAAUGGCUGGUGGGAAUUAAAAUCCAAAUAUUUGUGUGUGUAGGUUUCCUAUAAACGCUGACUUGUAUAGCGUUCGUGUUGUCUCUAGCUGUCAUAGUGUCUAGAAAAGCAAGUUUGCUUUCCGUAUAUUAUAUUAGGAUCGAUGGAGUUUAGGUGAUCGUGAAAUUCACUGACAUAGUCCUUGAGUAAACAUGCGUGGCUAUCGUCUACGAAGCGAAACCACCAACGCGGUGAAUGUGGGGCUGUCGUAAUGGCUAUUUCUUCAAUGUGUUCCAUGACUAUAUUCGCUAUUAUAUAUUCGCUUCAAUGUGUUCCAUGACUAUAUUCGCUAUAAAGCGUGGCAUUCUCUAAGCGCAAUUCCAGUCCUCGCACGAACCUCCUCGUAGCUCGCUGCAAGUGCAUGCAUGGGCACUUUCAUCCAAUCACAAUGCCUAAGAGUUAAUUUUAAUUAGAUGCAACCACUCGCAGCGAGCUGCGAGGAGCUUCGUGCGAGGACUGGAAUUGUGCCUUACGACCCCGUUUACAAAUUACACGGUACCGGACGAAUUUGGGACCGGUCUGAAAUUCGUCCUUUCUCGCCUGUUUACACGCGAAUUCAUUCGUCCGGUUCCGCGGUUCUCGUGUGUUUACACGGCCGAAUUUCAGCCCGGUUCCAAAUUCGUCCGGUACCGUGUAAACGAAGUCUGAGACAAGUCAAUGCGGGAAAUGAUCACAAUGACAUUCCUGAGAUUUACAAUUGUCUUGUAUACAGUGUGUCUAAAAAAAAAGUGAACCCUUUCAAAUUCAAAUUAGCUGUAACGUAUUGUAGUAAUUUGACAGCUCUAAUUGCUUUGAAUUAAUGGUUGGAUAAGAACAGAAGGUCUUGUGCUCAUGGGACAAAACUCAAAGAAAUAAAAAAAUUUGACAGAAAUACAGGGUGUCUCAAAAAAACCCAAAAUCAUUGAAAUAACGUAUUGUUCGAAUUUCAAUGCCGUAACACAAAGGAUUUUGACAGGGUGAUUAAUUUGUUUCAAAAAAUUAAAAUAUCUUUGUAAAGUGAACGUUUGUUUGCUCAUGGGAAUUUAAAAAUGCUUCGUAAAUUGUAAUAUGCGUAAUAUGCAUUCGUGGGUUUAGUACUUUAUGCCUGACAUAACAAGUUUACGCUGAAUAUUACCAUUCAUUAUAGCAGUUAUGUCAAUCUUUUAUGCACUCGUGGGAUUAACUUAGUGCUAGGGCAUUGAAUAUCGAACAAUACGUCAAUUUCAAUGAUUUUGGUUUUUUUUGAGACACCCUGUACAGUAUUCCUUGUGUUCUUACCCAACCAUUAAUUCAAAGCAAUUAGAGCUGUCAAAUUAUUACAAUACGUUACUUAUAGCUAAUUUGAAUUUGAAAGGGUUCAGUUCUUUUGAGACACACUGUAGUUCAAUAACAGUUAACGUAAUAUAAUUCAUGUGAUCGUUAAGUCACUACUGAGAUUUACAAUUGUUUCACAUAGUUUUACCAAUUAAUUAACAGACAUUACGGUCCUAAUCACAUUCCAGAUAUUUACGUUUGUCUUAAACAAUUUAAGUAUACUAGUUAAAACAUGAGCAGCCGAUCUUUAUCUGAUAUACAAACUCGAGCCGAAGGCGAGAGUUUGCAUGUAUAUCAGAUAAAGAUCGGAUGCAAUCUCGUUCCCCGAGCCUGCGAUCCUCGGAAGGAACGUGAGGCUCUGGGAUAAUCCGUUGCCGGUAUCACAGUGAUACGAACAUCCCCGUGGCUUUAGUAUCCCCACACUAAUAUCCCUAGGGAUAAAAGUACCCCCGGUGGGGAUACCUACAACACUAGAAGUUGUCAUGAAAAAUCGCCUAAAAAUAUCACUUUUAAUUACAAAAUUAUUAAUUUCCCAACAUAUAUAUGUUAGGUAUGUUAUUAUAUGUAAUAUAAGCCUCAAUUUAAGGUAAAAUGCAACCACAAACGCUUCGCAAAACGUUUUAAAGCCACUAGUGUUCUUUAUAAAACUAAGCUGCCUUUUAACAUGGCUUUAUCGAUAAACUUUGAGUUUGCAAUAUGAUUUCAAAUUCUCAAUAUCAUAAAAAAGCGAAUCAAUAUUAAAGAUACACUGAAAUUAUAUGCUGUCUUGUGUAGUUGUUUCAUAUACGCAAAGGCCGUCGGGUUUUAAAGCCAUUAUAAAAUCAAUAUUUAAAACAAACUUACCUUCGUUAACUUUCCCGCGAAAUGUUAGGGAUACCUGUAUCCCUAGUGAUGUGGGAAUGUAGGGUGGUUCUUUAGGGAUACGCAGAACACGACCGCCAUAUUGCUGGGGCCUGGGGAUACACAUAUCCCUAGUGAGGUGAGCAUGGGGAUACACAUAUCCCUAGUGAUAUUAGUAGGGGAUACACAAAAGACGGGGAUACUCAUAUCACUGUGACACCGGAAGCCAGGAAUCCUGGCUAAGACCGAACUGCGCAUUCCAUAUCAACGGCCAAUCAGAUUCCUCCCUUAAACGGAUUAUCCCAGAGCCUCACGUUCCGUCACGAGGAUCGCAGGCUCGGGGAACGAGAUUGGGUCGGAUUAAUUUUUGUAACCUACAAUUUUUGUAGCCUAUAUAUAGUGUGUAUAAAAAAAUCAAACCCUUUCAAAUUCAAAGUAGCUAUAACGUAUUGUCAUUCUGUGGUAUUGUAGUGAUUUGACAGCUCUAAUUGCUUUGAAGUAAUGGUUGGAUACUCAUGGACAAAACUCAAAGAAAUAAAAAGUAGAAAAUUUAAAAGAAAUACAGUAUUUCUUUUAAAUUUUCUAAUUUUUAUUUCUUCGAGUUUUGUCCCGUGAGUACAAGACCUUGUGUUCUUUAUACCAAGGGAAGCCUCACAUAUCGAUUUUGUCCAUGAGAAACGUCAUAUGUUCGUUUCUCUGGAGACCCCCCUCUUAGAAACGUCACACAUAUUUAUCGAUAUUUUGUUCUUACACUGUACACCAUGAGUACACUACCCUGCGAGCAGAGCUCUGCUCGCAGGGUAUGAGUACACAUAAGGUAAUUUUCUACUAUUUUUUUUCGGUCGGCUAUUGGCGAUGCUUCCGCGAGGAAUAUGUCAUCUUCUGCUGACAUACUUUUUUUUAUUAAUAUAUAUAUGAACUUCAAAAUUUCCAACGUUUCUCAAAACAACUUUUUUGGAUGAAAUAUUGAUAAUUUUAGCACGUUUUUCUUGAAAUUUGAGUGUUUUCAAUGCAAGGAAGGCGUAAUAAUAUAAAUGUAUAGGUAUAGAACAGGUAUGGUAUUACGAAUAUAUAGACUGCUGUUUGUAUCAAAUUGUUUUCUUUUUUAUAUUCUGCAAAGAUAAAAACUAUCGAUUUUUUCCAUGAUGUUUACAGAGAAACGUCACAGCUGCCAACCCCCCCACCCCCAAACGAACAUAUGACGUUUCUCGUGGAAAAAAUCGAUAUGUGAGGCUUCCCCAACCAUUAAUUCAAAGCAAUUAGAGCUGUCAAAUACUACAAUACGUUAUAGCUAAUUUGAAUUUGAAAGGUUCAGUUUUUUUAUACACACUGUCACUGUACUACAGACGUAGUUUCACGUUUUAGUAGAACCGAGUCCCGACGAAGGUCUCAGUUGUUUGACCGAAACGUCUUCUGAUAUUUUAACAUUUUAAAAUAAAAGUUUUUAACCAGUUUCAACCUUCCAAGUGCCGCUUUCAACCAGAGGUUUAUUUUUCCUCUCCCCUUCGCAAUGAAAAUAAUAAAAAUAAACCUCUGGAACCAGGGUACCUUCCAAGCUUUACUUUUAGCUUCCAAAUAUGUUUCCCACUGGUUGCAAUUUUAACAUUUUUCGGAUACAAUAUAUAUAUAUUAUUAUAUAUAUACUUAAAACGUUCUGAUUUUACAUAUUGUAUUGAUUGACUGUAAAUAAUUGAUCAUAUGAUCAAACGAACAGUAACUAGAGGCCUAAAUAAAAAGUCUAUGAAAAUUUCUAGUAAGUAGUAGGUCUUUAGCCCAAAAUCUUUUAAAUUAUUGUAAUAUAUUUUAAGUUAAGUAGCUUUUUUUAUGCAUGGAAAAUUAAAUAAAUAUACUAAAUAGUCUAGUUGAAUGAACGCUUCCCAGGCUAAAAUGGCUAGUUAAAUAGUAAAGACAGGGCCGGUUGUACGCAGGCCAAAUAGCGCGCUAUCCACCGGAUAGUGACUUUUCAACCGUUGUAUUUAUUUACAGGUACCUGCCAGCUUGAGUCUAUGACGUAA